AUGAUUUAAUAACCAUAAUAAUUAUUUACCAAUAAGAUUAAUGUAUUGAUUUUUGGUUAAUGUCCCUCUGACAAAACUACAUUAUUGGACGUCUUAAAAAAAGAAAAUCAAAAAUAAAAUUAUCAAAAUUAAUAAUUUUAAGAUAAUUUAGAUUCAGAAGAAGAUGAAGAAGAAGCUCUAGAUCAAUUUGAAAGCUUAACUCCAACUACUCGCUGUUUAUACAUUUUUGAUAAAUAUAACAUUUAUUUUGAAGAAUCAAACAACUUCAAUGAUCUAUUAUAUAGAUCUCCGAAUUUUGAAGUUUUAAUGUUUUUAUUCAAUGCUUAAGAAGGAAUUUUUGAAAAUUAGAUAUUUGAUGGUUUCUAUUGGAAUCUAGAAGGAGUUAGGCUACUUCAAUAAAAUUAAAAAAUUAUUUUUGCUAUAACUAAUAUGUGUAGUUGCAAUUGGAGUAAAUAGAGAUUUGAGUAAAUCUAAAAUCAUUUUCAAUCUUUAAAUCUCAAUUUCCAAUUUGUUAUUAUUCCAAUUGACUCUAAAUAAUCAAUAAAUAUUUUUCAUAAAUAAUGUGAAUGGUAUGAAGGAGAUUCCUUAAUAGAUGAAAUUUCCUCUAUUUAAAUAAAAAACUUUACAGAAAUUUUGAGAAUUAGAGUUUUAAAUCUAUCUAAAAGAUAAAAUUAUGCUUAUGAAUGCAAAGUUUUAAGUGGACAAAUAAAUUAAAUCAAUAUUCCAUUUCAUUUAAACUCAAUAAUUUAGAAAAAACCAAUUUAAAUUGUUGGAAUUUUGGAUUUGAUUGAUAAUCUUUAAUUUAAUAUUACUUAAAAUGACAUGAUACAAGUAAAACUAACUUGCUAACCCUUUUUAGAUUUUAGUUAAUAACGAUACAGUGCUUAAAAUCGGUGAUAUUUUAUCUCUUCCUCAUCUUCCACCUUGUCAUCUUAGUAAGGAAAUACUUGCAGAUUUUCAUCUAGAGAAUUUAAAAUAAUAAUCAAUUAUUACAAGUGGAUUCAAAGGAUUAUUAAAUUUUUGUGGAAUUCAAACUCCUUUUGAAGUCACAAAUGUUGAAUAUAUCAAUAUAGAUGGUAAAAAAUAAAUUUAGGAAUUCCUAAAAUCCAAAUAAUCAGGUGGAGUAAAAAUUAAGGUAGAUUCUUAAUUAAUAUUAAAGUUUCCUGAACCAUUUUGUUUAGAAAAAUCUAACGUGUUCUUUGAAUUAGGAUAUUUCUUGAUUUUAAGCAUUGAUUAGUAUAAUAAAAUAUUUAACAAGAUAAAUCAUAGGAACUGGCUGUGUUGUUAAAGUAAAACCAUUAUGA